AUGCAACGUGAAUCACCGGCUGCCGUCGAAGCUCCGCACAGUGAACCCUCUGGCAGUGCAGCAGCGCAGGCGAGGGAGGAGUCUCCUCAAGCAGCCACAGCAGAAGAGCUAGCUGUUCCUGAAACAGGGGUGGCUAUCAGCGCUAAAGGCCAAGAAGAGGACAGCUCGCCGUCUUCGUACAGAAUCACUCCUGCCUUGCUGCAGCAUCGUUGGGGUGUCACACUAUAUGAGGAACGUGAUUCCCCUGAACAGUCGGAAUCUGGGACAGAACUUUUAGAAGAAGUAACCGCCUUUCCACCUUUCAGGUUUCUCGGAGAAUUGUUUCCAGGUGUUCCUGAUAGCAUCCUGAGAACGCAUCCAUUUUACCGUUACCCAGAAAGUCAAGACGCACCACACUGCAGAAAUUUUGACAUAAAUGUGGCAAUGUCGUUUGCCGCAACCCAGGUGAAUGCAAAUAUUUCGCUUUCAAAGUGCAGAAGACUAAUGAAGAAGCCGCAUCUCACGGAAGGGGACGUUGGUGAACUUUUAUUCGAGGCGGAACGCCUAUGUGGAUAUGCAAUGGAAAGAAUGGCGGUGACCUACAGACGCGGGCAAGCGAUGUAUGCCACAGAAACUCUAGGGACGGUUUUUCUUGUUUUGGAUAUGCUCUAUUGCAUAGCAGAAGUACUAGGGGACCGCUCAAUGAAAGAGGCGUGGUGGCCUCAUAUAGCCGCUCGGACAGAAGUCAUACGGUACGUUCCUCCGAGAGAAUACUCGAAGGCUGGCAAGUGUGGAUGGAACUCACACCUCGCACGGGCGCUGGAUGCAGCGCUGGGAUACUAUAGAAGAGGCGACCGGCCUCCGCCUCGUGUCGUAAUCGGCUUGAAGCUAGCGCUGGUGUGCGAACCGGCGGAAAGGUCGAAGUUCAGGGUGAAAGGGUAUCAACCGUGGAGAGAUGACGCCAGAGAGUGGAAGGAGUCCAUAGAACGGAGUCUGGCAGGAAAAAAAUAG